CUCAUAAAGGUUGGACUUGUCCGAGUCCGAGCCCGAGCGGAUUGGAUCGCCGCCGCGACGUGGUGAGCACUGAGCAGUGAGCUUCUUCCUAGCUCUGCUACCUGCCGCUCUAACUCUGGCCUCUGCUCGUGCGCGCGCGCUCCCGCUUCCGUGGGGACCUGUCCGGACGGCCUCCUCCUCCUACCUCACCAGCAUUUCCCUCCCUUGUCCCAGGCUCCCAGCUCGCAUUAAUCUUUGGCCCCCCCCCCCCUUCUCCUCCUUGUGUGAGCGUGUCUCCGUCGUUCGCCUCGGCGCUCACGGGUGGUCUCGUUGAUGAGCUGAGGGAGGGGCUGUGCUCCGGGGGAGGGGGAAGCCAAAGCCAAGAAGCGGCGCCGCCUAGGCUUGGGUUCCGCGGCGAGGUGCCAAUGCCGCAGUGGUGGGGCCGGGAGGCGCGGGGUGGCGGCGGCGGCGGCGGCACGUCGGUGGUGGUGAAGAUGGAGAGCCCGGACUGGGCCGUCCGGGAGCCAGAGGCGGCGAGGGGGAAGGCCGGCCGCGGCAAGAACGCUCGCCAGAUCACGUGGGUGCUUCUGCUCAAGGCGCACCGCGCCGCGGGGAAGCUCACGGGCGCCGCCUCCGCCGCGCUGUCCGUCGCCGCGGCCGCGCGGAGGCGGGUGGCGGCGGGGCGGACCGACGCCGACGCCGACGCCGGCGCCGGCGCCGGCGCCGCGCCGCACGGGGAGAGCCCCGCACUGCGCACCAGGCUCUACGGCUUCCUCCGCGCCUCUCUCGUCCUCUCCAUGCUCCUCCUCGCCGCCGACGUCGCCGCGCACCUCCAGGGCUGGCACCUCCUCGCCGUCGACGUCCCCGACCUGCUCGCCGUCGAGGGUCUCUUCGCCGCCGGGUACGCGUCCUGGGUGCGCGUCCGCCUCCAGUACCUCGCGCCGGCGCUGCAGUUCCUGGCGAACGCGUGCGUCCUGCUCUUCUUGGUCCAGAGCGCCGACCGCCUUAUCCUCUGCCUCGGCUGCCUCUGGAUCAAGCUCAGGGGCAUCAAGCCAGUUCCCAAUGCUGCUGGCAAAGGGCCAGACGACGUCGAGGCCGGCACCGGGGAGUUCCCCAUGGUGCUCGUGCAGAUUCCGAUGUGCAACGAGAAGGAGGUGUACCAGCAAUCUAUUGGUGCUGUUUGCGGUCUGGACUGGCCACGGCCCAACUUCUUGGUGCAGGUGCUAGACGACUCUGAUGAUGCUGCCACUUCAGCGCUUAUUAAAGAGGAGGUGGAGAGGUGGCAACGUGAAGGCGUUCGCAUAUUGUACCGACACCGGGUAAUUCGUGAUGGCUACAAGGCUGGAAAUCUCAAGUCAGCCAUGAACUGCAGCUAUGUGAAAGAUUAUGAGUUUGUUGUUAUCUUUGACGCUGAUUUUCAACCCCAGCCAGACUUCCUGAAGCGAACUGUGCCCCAUUUCAAGGGAAAUGAGGAUGUUGGGCUAGUUCAGGCAAGGUGGUCUUUUGUGAACAAGGAUGAGAACUUGUUAACUAGGCUGCAAAACAUAAACCUGUGCUUCCACUUUGAGGUGGAGCAGCAGGUUAAUGGGAUCUUCCUCAAUUUCUUUGGAUUCAACGGAACGGCUGGAGUGUGGAGAAUAAAGGCACUUGAGGAUUCAGGUGGGUGGAUGGAGAGGACAACAGUGGAGGACAUGGAUAUUGCUGUCCGAGCACACCUCAAGGGCUGGAAGUUUCUGUUCCUUAACGAUGUUGAGUGCCAGUGUGAAUUGCCAGAGUCAUAUGAGGCAUAUCGAAAACAGCAACACCGAUGGCAUUCUGGUCCAAUGCAGUUAUUUAGACUAUGCUUUGUGGAUAUUAUCAAAUCGAAGAUUGGAUUUUGGAAGAAGUUCAACCUCAUAUUCCUUUUCUUUCUCCUUCGCAAGCUUAUUUUGCCCUUCUAUUCCUUCACCCUUUUCUGUAUCAUUCUUCCCAUGACAAUGUUCAUUCCUGAAGCCGAGCUCCCUGCCUGGGUCGUGUGCUACAUUCCGGCAACCAUGUCCUUGCUGAACAUCCUCCCAGCCCCCAAAUCGUUCCCGUUCAUUGUCCCCUAUCUCCUGUUUGAGAAUACCAUGUCAGUAACCAAAUUCAACGCCAUGGUUUCUGGCCUGUUCCAGCUCGGGAGCGCCUACGAGUGGGUUGUCACCAAGAAAUCAGGCCGUUCUUCCGAGGGCGACCUCAUCGCCCUUGUCGAGAAGCAGCCUAAACAGCAAAGGGUAGGGUCUGCACCCAACCUUGAGUCACUUACAAAGGAGUCUUCCAGUCUCAAAAGGGACUCCAAAAGGAAGAAACACAAUAGGAUAUACAGGAAGGAGCUGGCACUCUCCUUCCUUCUCCUAACAGCCGCUGCUCGGAGCCUGCUAUCGGUGCAAGGGAUACAUUUCUACUUCCUUCUGUUCCAAGGGGUGUCGUUCUUGGUUGUUGGGCUCGAUCUAAUCGGUGAGCAAGUCGAGUGAUGCGGUACAAGGGAGAGUAAUUGGGUAUCUAUUUUGCUGCGAGUGGGGGGCAAUGCGACCAAAAGAGGCACUUCAGGUAAAGGCAAGCGUGGUACAUGAUCCAAAGAAGAUUUGAUUCCGGAUUAAGAAGGGUUAUAUAGUUUCAUCGGGGAUACUUGAAACGGUGAAAAUGUGGAAUUGUGGAUUGUAGAUAUAAUAUGGCUUGGGACUGUGGGCUGUAAAAGGCUUGGGGGUUCUAAUUCUUUUGUAAGAAAAAUCAUCAGUGGUUAGAUGGGUUAUUUUGCUUACUUGACAGUUUACCUUCAAAGGGGGAUACUGUUGGGAUCCAUGUGAUUUGGGCAAUUGCUACGAAUGGAUACUGAAUUACUGAGACCGAUUUGUUCUUUUCUUGAACUCUCACUUGUGGAUAAAAGGAUUGCAUGAGUGCACCAGCAGUAAACUUCGAAUGCC